CAGAAGUAAAAUGAGUGGAACAGGAGGAAAAUAUUGCUUCGCUAUAGAUCGUGGUGGCACUUUUACUGAUGUCAUGUGUAUGUGUCCCGAUGGAAGGGUACGUACUUUAAAACUUUUAUCAGAGGAUCCUGCCCGUUACAGUGAUGCUCCUCGUGAGGGUAUACGCAGAAUUCUAAAAGAAGAAACUGGGAGAGAUGUCAAUUCUUCUGGAUUGGUCGAUACUUCGCAAAUUGGUUGGAUUCGUAUGGGCACUACGGUGGCAACUAAUGCUUUAUUAGAGCGCAAAGGCGAUCCCGUUGCACUAGUUGUCAAUAGAGGUUUUCGUGAUUUAUUGUAUAUUGGAAAUCAAGCCAGACCAAAGAUUUUUGAACUGAAUAUUCAAAAGCCUUCUAAUUUGUAUAAAACAGUGGUUGAAGUCGACUGCCGAAUAAUACCAGAACAGUCAAAGGAAAGGUGUCAUUUGAAAGAGAAAAAUCAAUGGAAAGUUCUUGAGGGUGCUGGUGGAUCGCGGUACUUAGAAAUGACACCAGUGGAUGAGAUAACUAUUCGCAGUUCAUUAAUGAAAGUAAAAGAGCAAGGAAUUUCGUCAGUGGCCGUUGUUUUGGCUCAUAACUAUUCGUGUCCCGAUCAUGAAUUGAAAGUUGGGCAAAUUGCUAAGGACUUAGGCUUUGAGUACAUAACGUUAUCUCAUCAGGCUAUGCCCAUGUAUAGACUAGUUCCAAGGGGCUAUACCGCAUGUGCUGAGGCAUAUCUAACACCACAUGUAGAUCGUUAUUUAAAUAGUUUCAAGUCUGGUUUCGAUAAGGAGUUAUCUGGAGUUGAGGUGCUUUUCAUGCAAUCAGACGGCGGUUUGACUCAAUUAAAUAAAUUCCGAGCAUCAAGAGCUAUACUCUCAGGACCGGCAGGUGGCGUUGUAGGUUACGCUAUGACUGGAUCUAGGGAAACGGAUAUGCCUUUGAUUGGUUUCGAUAUGGGUGGCACCUCCACGGAUGUCUCUCGUUUUGCCGGCACUUAUGAACAUGUUGUUGAAAGUACUACGGCAGGAAUUACAAUACAAGCUCCCCAAUUAGACAUAAAUACUGUUGCUGCUGGAGGUGGUUCGAGACUGUUUUUUAGAUCUGGUUUAUUUGUAGUAGGACCUGAAAGUGCAGGUGCCCAUCCUGGACCUGCAUGUUACAAAAAGGGUGGACCUUUGACAGUUACCGAUGCUAACUUAAUUUUAGGUCGUUUGCUGCCGCAAUAUUUCCCGAAAAUCUUUGGCCCUAAUGAAAACGAGCCCCUUGAUUAUCAUGCAACAAGAAGUAAAUUCGAUGAACUGUUAAAGGAAAUCAACAACAGUUUAAAGGAGCAAGGAAGUAGUAAGCAAAUGUCGUUGGAAGAAGUCGCUUUAGGUUUUAUACGAGUUGCAAAUGAGGCAAUGUGUCGUCCAAUACGCGCUCUAACACAAGCCCGUGGUCUAGAUACUUCCAAACAUGUGUUAGCAUGCUUUGGUGGUGCUGGUGGCCAACAUGCUUGUGCCAUUGCUAGAGAAUUAGGCAUAACAAAGGUUCUUGUGCAUAAAUAUGCAGGCAUUUUAUCGGCUUACGGAAUGGCUUUGGCUGAUGUUGUACAGGAAAUUCAAGAACCUUGUGGAUUAGAAUUUUCGUUAGCAAACGAGAUGACUCUUAAAGAAAGUGUUUCUAAGUUGUCUAAAAGAUGCCAUGAGAUUUUGGAAAAUCAAGGUUUUAAGGAUAUUAGUUUGGAGCAUUUCUUACAUCUUCGCUAUGAAGGUACUGAUUGCGCUCUUAUGUGUUCAGCUUCAAAAGAACACAAUUCUAAAUGGUUGGACGCAUUUAAGGUUUCUUUUUUGAGUCGUUAUCAAACGGAAUUUGGAUUUGUGUUGCAAAAUCGUCGUAUCAUUGUUGAUGAUAUUCGUGUAAGAGGAUUGGGAAAGAAUUCAACUCCACCAGAGUUGGAAGUUGACGUAGCAGCUGAUGAAAAACCAACAUCUGUUGAUACUACGCUGGUGUGUUUUCAACAAGGAUUACUUAAUGUUCCCAUCUAUAUGACAAAAGAUCUUCGAUAUAAACAUAAAGUACAAGGACCGGCAAUAAUAAUUGACCAACUGUCAACAAUUUUAGUAGAGCCAAACUGUGAAGCUGAAGUUACUAAAUAUGGUGAUUUAGUAAUUCAUGUCCAAUCUCUUCAUAACACCAAAGUCGAUGAAACACUCGAUGCAAUUCAGCUAAGUAUCUUCAGCCAUCGUUUCAUGAGCAUAGCUGAGCAGAUGGGGAGGGUUUUACAACGAACAUCGAUAUCAACGAAUAUAAAGGAAAGAUUGGAUUUCUCUUGUGCUCUAUUUGGACCUGAUGGUGGUCUAGUUAGUAAUGCUCCGCAUAUACCAGUACAUUUGGGUGCAAUGCAGGAAACAGUUCAAUAUCAAUUGAAAGUGCGAGGUAAAACUUUGAAAAAUGGAGAUGUUAUUUUGUCCAAUCAUCCCCAGGCCGGUGGCUCACAUUUGCCAGAUUUAACAGUAAUAACUCCUGUAUUUUAUAAGGAUCACGAAGGUCCUGUUUUCUUUGUAGCCUCUAGAGGACAUCAUGCCGACAUUGGUGGUAUUACGCCUGGAUCAAUGCCACCCCAUUCCACAUCUUUAGCACAAGAAGGUGCAGCCUUUAAAUCAUUCCUUAUUGUUGAGAACGGCACAUUUCAAGAAGAAGAUGUAGUAAAGAGGUUUACUACUCCAACAACGGCUAAAGGUGCAACGGGUACUCGAAACUUAUCAGAUAAUAUUUCCGAUUUAAAAGCUCAGAUUGCCGCAAACCAGAAAGGCAUUCAACUUGUGUCCGAAUUAAUUGAUUCUUAUGGUCUAAAUGUGGUGCAAGCAUACAUGAGUUACAUUCAAGAAAAUGCUGAAAUUGCUGUCCGCGAUAUGUUAAGACAGAUAGCUAAAGAUACUUUGUUACGAACUGGAUCAUCAAUUUUAGAAGCUGAAGAGUUCAUGGACGAUGGAUCACCAAUUAGAUUGAGGGUAAAUAUCGACGCUGAUAAGGGUUCUGCAAUUUGUGACUUUACCGGAUCCGGUACAGAAGUGUGGGGAAAUUGCAAUGCUCCGCGGGCUAUAACCCUGUCGGCUCUUAUUUAUUGCUUACGUUGUAUGGUUGGACAUGAUGUUCCAUUAAAUCAAGGAUGUUUGGCCCCCAUUAAAGUCAUCAUACCAAAAAAUUCAAUAUUGGAUCCAUCUGAAGGUGCUGCUGUUGUGGGAGGGAAUGUCUUGACUUCCCAGCGCAUAGUAGACACAGUUCUAAAGGCAUUCCAUGUAUGCGCUGCUUCUCAAGGCUGCAUGAACAAUGUAACCAUCGGCGACGAAGAAUGGGGUUAUUACGAAACUGUAGCGGGAGGAGCCGGAGCUGGUCCGUCUUGGAAAGGAGCUGGCGGAGUUCAUUCCCAUAUGACCAAUACACGCAUAACAGAUCCCGAGAUAAUGGAGUUACGUUAUCCAAUGAUUUUAAAAAGAUUUUGUCUUCGUUCCGACCAAUCCGGAGGCUUGGGAAAAUAUGAAGGUGGAGCAGGUGUUGAACGGCAUAUAUUGUUCCGCAAACCAGUCACUCUAUCCGUCCUAACUGAGCGUAGAACCUUACAACCGUAUGGUAUGAAUGGUGGUGAACCUGGUAAAAGAGGACUUAAUUUAUUACACAAAAAUGAUGGACGUAUUAUAUCCUUAGGAGCUAAAACAUGUAUCGAUGUCGACGCUGGAGACUUGUUUGCAAUGAAAACUCCCGGUGGAGGUGGAUACGGAAAAUUCGAUGACACUGUCGCACUUAGCGAAAAGCCGAUUCCUGCAGCUUCUAAAUUUUUAGAACGUGGUUCAGUCUUUGAUUAUCGACAAUCACAGGAGUCCGUUUAACUUAAAGUGAACAAUAUGUGAACAAAGAACGCCAAAACUAUCUCGAUACUGGAAUUAUUCAGUUUUGGCUUUUUUGUAUUAAUAUUUUAAUAAGUUUAACUAUCUGGUGUUUGGGGAUACUAAUCAAAAGAUUAAAUAAAAUACACUUUUGUGAAAUA